GGCUCAGUCGUGUGAUAAACGUGGAGCGCCUAGGUAGGGCAGAGAGGUGUGCGUCUCCUGCACAUCCAUCGACGCCGGUGAAUCGUACCGCGGCGGGAACAAUGUGCUCGUGGACCCCGUAAAACGUGGAACCACGACCUCUGCUCGAUAGAACCGUGCUCGCGGAAGUGUUGCGAAACACUUCCCCCCUGGUAGUUGUCGUGUUCGGCUACUGUCGUGUUUUUUUCCUUUUUUUUGUUUUUUUUUUCGACGGAAUUGUGCUCAUCCGUGACACCGCCGCGCCGGCCUGAAACGCGGAACCGAAAACUCGGUGAAAACUCGGUACCAGUUUCUCUCGAGAUCAAGGAAGAUUUAUCGUAAGAGGAUGAGUCUUCGCUGGAUUCACGAGAACUUGGAGGCACCAACAUGUGACGAAGAAUGCAGCGACAUCGACGACAGUUGCAGCGACGACAGCUAUGAUUCCGAUCUAUCGAUCGGCGAGGAGAAAGGGACGAAGAACGAAAAAGAGAUCAAUGGGGAUCGCAGAGGGAAAAGGGAAACGAAGCGUCGUCCGCCUACUACAGUCAAGUUCGACGAGAAUGGAACUCCGCGUUUUGUCACGUCUGGAUCAGUGAAAUCUGCGCCAUGCAUAAUAUGGGACCCGAGGAAACCGGCGGAAAAUCCAGUUUACAACUGUCUGGUAAUAAAAUUAUUUUGUCGAACUGGUUACCAUCUUGCUAUUUCAGACUCAGGCCGAGUUCGGGGUUUGAGUGGUACCAACGAACCGCAUGCCCUGUUUCACAUUAUACCGGUAUCGUUCGGCGUGAUUCGAAUACAGAACAUCGAAACUGGUCUUUACUUGGCUUUCAACAAAAAGGGUCGUUUGUACGGAGAGCCAAACAUGAAUAAGGAUAAUACCGAGUGGGAACAAUGGAACGUUGGUUCAUACGACGCCUUUCGUUCGCGAAAAUACGCCAAUCAUGGAUGGUGGAUAGGGAUAAAGAAAAAUGGAAGAGCAAAGCCGGGUGUGAAAACACGUUGGGGCCAAAAGGCGAUACAAUUUCUGGCUGUACGUCAAGACUAACUUUCACAAAUAUUAUUUUAUACCUUGUAUUGUAAAUUAAUAAUUUUAUUAGUUCGCAAAAGAAAAGAAUUCGAAUUUUUAUUAUUGACCAGACAGGUCUGUUGUGGACCAUUAUCGUCUAGAAUAAUUCAUCGAAAAUUUUAUGAGCGAAAUCACGUCGAUCCUUCUGUUAGCGACAACGAAAGUCAAAUUCGAAAUAAUGCGGAUGAUUUAGAUAUCGACUUUUUAU